CAAAAAUUAAGGAAAGACACACGCACAAAAAAAAAAAGAAGAGGAAAAGAGAAAGGGAAAGAGAGAAAGGAGGGAAUCACCAUCAAAGGAGAAAAUGAGAGAAAAUGCACCAGAAUCUUCCAUUUGAGCGAGGAGCAAGAGAAAUUAAUCCCAGGAAGAAGAAAAAAAAAGGAAAAAGGAGCAGGAAGAAAUUAAUCAAGAAAGAGUAACCCAUCGUUGGUGGUGGUGGUGGUGUUAUAUAUACAAAAUUAUCUGUCAUGCAUGCCUGAUGUAUCCCCCUUUAUUAAGAUUAUUAAAUAUACAUUGAUUUGUGAAUUAUAGAGUUAAGAAUCUUUUGGUGUGGGCAUAGCCAAAUCAAGCAAAAGGCUGAUGGGCACCCAGAUUGGCCCACCAGCAUCAAGAAGAAUAGGAUCGCCCCCUCCAACAACAAGUAUCAAGUUGGUGUUGAUUACCUUUGGGACGUUGUUCUUCUCUUUAUCACAUUCGUCAUGGUUAUCGUGGUGGUGGGGAUCAUCAACGACGACAACAUGGUUGCAUGCGUACGCCGCCCCGAUUGACGUCUCCACAACAGAAUCCCUCAUGAGAUUCAAAACCAAAUUGUCAUAUAACGACGCCUUCGACACCUGGAAUCCUUCCAAGUUCCCGUCUCCAUGUUCAGGCAACUAUGCGACUUGGAGAGGGGUGCUUUGCUCCGACGGCAUUGUUUGGGGAUUGCAAUUAGAAAAUAUGGGCCUCACCGGUGAGAUUGAUGUCGAUUCCCUUGUCCCUUUACAUUCCCUUAGGACUAUAAGUUUAACCAACAAUAGUUUUCAAGGACCCAUGCCGGACUGGUCUAAACUCGGUGCCCUCAAAUCACUAUUUUUGUCCAACAACCGUUUCUCGGGUCAGAUACCUGACGAUGCUUUCAAAGGAAUGACUUCUUUGAAGAAAGUUUAUUUAGGCAACAACAAUUUUACGGGCACUAUUCCCAAAUCUUUGUCCACACCUAAGCUUCUGGAGUUGAGGUUGGAAAAUAACCAAUUCACAGGCCUAAUUCCAGAUUUCAGGCCAGGUCUCAAGCUAUUAAAUGUGUCUAACAAUCAACUCGAGGGUCCCAUACCUUCAGAUCUAGCCAAAAUGGAUCCAACUUCAUUUCAAGGGAAUAAAAAUGUGUGCGGACCUCCGUUGGGAACAACAUGUAACAAUUCUCUUCCCCCUCUACCAGACCAAGCAGCUUUACAAUCUCCUCCGGACGCUAGUAAUGCUAACAACGCUCCUGCAGCUGGAAAAACGAUCUCUUCUCCUGCUUCAUCCCACCAACGGGUUUCCAGAGAUGUGAUAAUAGUCAUAUCUGGUUUGAUAGCCUUGGUCAUUGUCAUUGUUGCAAUUGCGAUAUAUCAACGCGGCAGAAAAGAUCAAACCCCAAGGCUAGGGAGAGCACAAAAUUCCUCCACGGAAAAACAUGGAAGCAUCAGUAGUAGUAACCACUUACAAGUAGUAGGAAUGGAAGCUAAUACUAAUAAUACCAAGGCAGCUCCAAUGUCGGCUGCCAACGGUAACAGUAAUACUACUACUAAUACUGUUGUAGCUGCCACUGGUAAUCGUAAGAAAGUGAAGACUAAUGAAACCAACAAGCUGUCGUUUGUACGAGAUGAUAGGCAACAGUUCGACUUGCAAGAUCUUCUAAGAGCAUCUGCCGAGGUGUUAGGGAGCGGCAACUUUGGUUCCUCAUAUAAGGCUGUGCUUAUGGAUGGUCAAGCUGUUGUGGUUAAAAGAUUUAAACAAAUGAACAACGUUGGCAAAGAAGAUUUUCAUGAACACAUGAGAAGGCUUGGCAGACUCGUCCAUCCUAACUUGUUGCCUCUUGUGGCUUAUUACUACCGGAAAGAGGAAAAGCUCUUAGUAUUUGAUUACAUUCAAAAUGGAAGCUUGGCCAGUCAUCUUCACGGUAAGCAUUCAGUGGACCAGCCAGCCCUUGAUUGGCCAACUCGGUUGAAAAUUGUCAAAGGAGUCGCAAAGGGUUUGGCUUAUCUACAUGCCGAGCUUCCAAGUGUAAGUUUACCUCAUGGCCAUUUGAAAUCUUCUAAUGUGGUUUUAGACGAAAACUGCCAACCCCUCUUAAUGGACUAUGCCCUGGUCCCUGUUGUCAACCCUCACCAAGUCCAACAAUUACUUGUAGCCUAUAAAUCCCCAGAAUAUGCACAACAUGGGCGAACCACUAGGAAGACUGAUGUUUGGAAUCUUGGCAUCUUGAUUUUGGAAAUCCUUACCAGUAAGUUCCCAGCAAAUUACAUUGCUCAGGAUACGGGUCCCGUCACUUCAUUUUCUUCUUAUGUUUCUGAACUAGCUGCCUGGAUUGAUCAUCAUGCCACCCCCGUCAAGAUUGAUGCUUCUAAGAGCAACAACCCAAAGGAGGACACUGUUUUUGAUACGGAAAUGAGGAAUACAAAGAGCUCCCAAGCACAAAUGAUAAAACUUUUAAAGAUAGGACUGGCUUGUUGUGUCGAAGAUUUGGAAAAGCGGUGGGAUCUGAUGGAUGCUAUUGCAAAGAUUGAUGAUGUCCAUGAAAGGGACACUAAAGAAAGGGACCACCUGGAACCUGUUGAACUGAUUUAGUUUAUUUACAUGUUAAUUAUAGUAAUACAUUACAAGAUUGAUGAAUUAGUUACCACUCCACAUCUAUUGGUAGUUUUUCUUUAUAUUGAAGUAAUUGUUAUGGGGUCGGUAAACUCGAUAAGAUCACCCUAUAUUACGGUUUUCGAGCGAUUCCAACGAGUCUAUUCUAAUUCCAC